GAAGAGGCGUAACACGUCAGUCCGUCCCCAGGUUUGUGUUUCCUGGAGUGGCCGAAAGAGAUCAGUUCUAACCUGCUCCGCAGGAAUAACGGUCCUGCCUCCCGACACUCUUGGCGAGGUUUUGUACAGUUUGCUCCGGGAGCUGUUUCUUCGCUUCCACCUUUUUCUCCCCCACACUUCGCGGCUUCUUCAUGCUUUUUCUUCUCACCAUUUCUGGCCAAAACUACAAACAAGACUUCGCAGAUCGAGCCUGCGUGCUGCCGAAGCAGGGCGCCGAGUCCAUGCGAACUGCCAUCUGAUCCGCUCUUAUCAAUGAAGCAGCCGAUCAUGGCGGAUGGCCCCCGGUGCAAGAGGCGCAAACAAGCCAAUCCCAGGAGGAAAAACGUGGUGAACUAUGACAAUGUAGUGGACACGGGUUCUGAAACCGACGAGGAGGACAAGCUUCAGAUUGCUGAGGAGGACGGGAUUGCUAACCCUCUGGACCAGGAGAGGAGUCCAGCUAGCGUGCCCAACCAUGAGUCCUCCCCUCACGGGAGCCAGGCUCUAUUGCCAAGAGAGGAGGAGGAAGAUGAGAUAAGAGAGGGUGGAGUGGAACAUACCUGGCACAACAACGACAUUCUCCCAGCCUCUGUAGAUGGUCCAGAAGAAAUGAAGGAAGACUAUGACACUAUGGGGCCGGAAGCCACGAUCCAGACCACAGUUAACAAUGGUACAGUUAAGAAUGCAAAUUGCACAUCAGACUUUGAGGAAUACUUUGCCAAAAGAAAACUGGAGGAACGCGAUGGCCAUGCAGUCAGCAUCGAAGAGUACCUUCAGCGCAGUGACACAGCCAUCAUUUACCCAGAAGCCCCUGAGGAGCUGUCUCGCCUUGGCACGCCAGAGGCCAAUGGGCAGGAAGAAAAUGACCUGCCACCUGGAACUCCAGAUGCUUUUGCCCAACUGCUGACCUGCCCCUACUGCGACCGGGGCUACAAGCGCUUGACAUCACUGAAGGAGCACAUCAAGUACCGCCACGAGAAGAAUGAAGAGAACUUUUCCUGCCCUCUGUGUAGCUACACGUUUGCCUACCGCACCCAGCUCGAGCGGCAUAUGGUGACGCACAAGCCAGGGACAGAUCAGCACCAAAUGCUGACCCAAGGAGCAGGUAAUCGCAAGUUCAAAUGCACAGAGUGCGGCAAGGCCUUCAAAUAUAAACACCAUCUGAAAGAACACCUGCGAAUUCACAGUGGUGAAAAACCGUACGAGUGCCCCAACUGCAAGAAACGUUUCUCCCACUCUGGUUCCUACAGUUCACACAUCAGCAGCAAGAAAUGUAUUGGCUUAAUCUCUGUAAAUGGCCGGAUGAGAAACAAUAUCAAGACGGGUUCUUCCCCUAAUUCUGUUUCUUCUUCUCCUACUAAUUCAGCCAUUACCCAGUUAAGAAACAAAUUGGAGAAUGGAAAACCACUUAGUAUGUCUGAACCAACAGGCUUACUUAAAAUUAAAACAGAACCACUAGACUUCAAUGACUAUAAUAAAGUUCUUAUGGCCACACACGGGUUUAGUGGCACUAGUCCCUUUAUGAAUGGUGCCCUUGGAGCCACCAGCCCUUUAGGAGUUCAUCCGUCUGCUCAGAGCCCAAUGCAGCACUUAGGUGUAGGGAUGGAAGCCCCUUUACUUGGAUUUCACACAAUGAAUAGUAAUUUAAGCGAGGUACAAAAGGUUCUACAGAUUGUGGACAACACAGUUUCCAGGCAAAAAAUGGACUGCAAGGCUGAAGAAAUUUCCAAGUUGAAAGGUUAUCACAUGAAGGAUCCAUGCUCUCAACCUGAGGAACAAGGAGUUACUUCUCCUAAUAUUCCACCCGUAGGUCUUCCAGUAGUGAGUCAUAAUGGUGCCACUAAAAGUAUUAUCGACUACACGUUAGAAAAAGUCAAUGAAGCCAAAGCUUGCCUCCAGAGCUUGACUACUGACUCAAGGAGACAGAUCAGUAACAUAAAGAAAGAGAAGCUACGUACUUUAAUAGAUUUGGUCACUGAUGACAAAAUGAUUGAGAACCACAACAUAUCCACUCCAUUCUCCUGCCAGUUCUGUAAAGAAAGUUUUCCUGGCCCCAUUCCUUUGCAUCAGCAUGAACGUUACCUUUGUAAGAUGAAUGAAGAGAUCAAGGCAGUCCUACAACCCCAUGAAAACAUAGUCCCCAACAAAGCCGGAGUUUUUGUUGAUAAUAAAGCCCUCCUCUUGUCAUCUGUACUUUCUGAGAAAGGAAUGACAAGCCCCAUUAACCCAUACAAGGACCACAUGUCUGUACUUAAAGCAUAUUAUGCUAUGAACAUGGAGCCCAACUCUGAUGAACUGCUGAAAAUUUCUAUUGCUGUGGGCCUUCCUCAGGAAUUUGUGAAGGAAUGGUUUGAGCAACGAAAAGUCUACCAGUACUCAAAUUCCAGGUCACCAUCACUGGAAAGGAACUCCAAGCCGUUAGCCCCCAACAGUAAUCCUCCCACAAAAGACUCUUUAUUAC